CAGAGUACGGGAAUGCCUGGAACAUCCGACAGGAUGCUGGGCAUCUGGACACUUGCGCUUUGCCUGCUGGGAGCAGUUAAUGGGAAGGAGAUUUGCUAUGAUUCCCUCGGCUGCUUCUCUGACUCGGAGCCCUGGGGCGGCACAGCCAUCAGGCCCCUGAAAGUUCUUCCUUGGAGCCCUGAGAAGAUUGGAACACGCUUCCUGCUCUACACCAAUGAGAACCAAAACAACUUCCAGAUUCUCCAGCCUUCUGAUGCAUCAACGAUUGACGCAUCCAAUUUCCAGACAGACAGGAAGACCCGCUUCAUCAUCCAUGGCUUCAUUGACAAGGGGGAUGAGAGCUGGCUCUCCAACAUGUGCAAGAACAUGUUCCAGGUUGAGCAGGUGAACUGCAUCUGUGUGGACUGGAAGAAAGGAUCCCAGACCACCUACACACAGGCCGCCAACAACAUUCGUGUGGUGGGUGCUCAGGUGGCCCAGAUGAUCAGCAUGCUCUCGACAGACUACAACUAUUCACCUUCCCAAGUCCACAUCAUUGGCCACAGCCUGGGCGCCCAUGCAGCUGGUGAAGCAGGGAGCAGGAUUCCUGGGCUAGGAAGAAUCACUGGGUUGGAUCCCGUAGAAGCAAGCUUCGAGGGUACCGCUGAAGAGGUUCGACUGGACCCCUCCGAUGCUGAGUUGGUUGAUGUGAUCCACACAGAUGCAGCUCCCCUGAUCCCAUUCUUGGGGUUCGGAUCUAACCAACUGAUGGGUCACCUUGAUUUCUUCCCCAAUGGAGGGCAGGAGAUGCCAGGGUGCAAGAAGAAUGCCCUGUCACAGAUCGUGGACCUCGAUGGCAUCUGGUCAGGAACUCGCGACUUUGUGGCUUGCAAUCACCUACGAAGCUACAAGUAUUAUUCAGAGAGCAUCCUCUACCCUGACGGGUUUGCCGCAUUCGCUUGCAAUUCCUACAAGGACUUCCAGGCUGACAAGUGCUUCCCCUGUCCAGAUGAAGGCUGCCCUCAGAUGGGCCACUAUGCUGAUAAAUUCGCCGACAGGACCCGUGAACAGCCCCAGAAAUUUUUCCUGAACACUGGAGAGUCCAGCAGGUUUGCGCGCUGGAGGUACAGGGUCUCCGUGACGCUGAGCGGAAGAAGAGCCACUGGCCAGGUCAAAGUGGCUCUGUUCGGAAGCAAAGGCAACAGCCACCAGUUCGACAUCUUCAGGGGGAUCCUCAAGCCAGGCUUCACACAUACCAAAGAGUUCGACGUGGCGGUGGAUAUCGGAACCAUUGAGAAAGUCAAGUUUCUCUGGAAUAACAACGUGGUGAACCCAUCCUUCCCCAAAGUGGGUGCAGCCAAGAUCACCGUGGAGAAAGGGGAAGAGAAGACAGUGUACCACUUCUGUAGCGAAGGAUCUGUGAGGGAAGACGUCCUGCUCACCCUCACGCCCUGUCAGAACACCUUGUAGAAGUCAGGUGAA